AUGUCCCCGGGCAGUGGAGUGAAGAGCGAGUACAUGAAGCGCUACCGGGAGCCGCGCUGGGACGAGUAUGCGCCGUGCUACCGCGAGCUGCUGCGCUACCGCCUGGGCCGCCGGCUGCUGGAGCAGGCGCACGCGCCCUGGCUCUGGGACGCCUGGGGCCCGGACAGCCCCUCAGACAGCUCGGCUUCACCCAGUCCGGCGCCCAGGGGUCCUUUAGGGGAGCCCUUGGCGCCCUCCGCGCGGGAGGAGGAGCAGACGGUGGGGGAGCGCGGCGCGGAGCUUCGGGGCGCGGAGGUUGGGGACGCGGAGGAGCAAGACACAGUGCUACCAGCACCACCAAAAAAGGACAUAGAAGGAAAACCCGAACAACAGACUGGGACAAGAGAGACUGACAGGGUGCUCACUGGCCCCGACCCUCGACAGCAGCCUAGUGCCUUAUUUGCCAGAGGAAGUAAGAAAGCAACCAGAAGCCCCCAAAGAUCAGCAAGCAAAAUAAAAGAGAACAAGCACCCAUUUGCUCUGUAUGGCUGGGGAGAGAAACAGAUGGACACGGGGAGCCAGAAGACGCACAAUGUCUGUGCAUCAGCCCCUGUGCAUGAGAUUCAUGAAUCAGCACUUCGAGCCAAGAACAGAAGACAGGUGGAAAAAAGGAAACUGGCUGCCCAGAGGCAGCGGGCUCACUCCGUGGAUGUGGAGAAGAACCGAACGGUGAAGCCAACUUCCGCAGAGAACCCGUGGCUGACAGAGUACAUGCGGUGCUAUUCAGCCAGGGCCUAGAUGCUGGCACGUCCUCUUUCAAGUGUUUAUGAGAGAGAAGGAAAACCAAAACUGUCCAAUGAGACCAUGCACAGGUGGAAGAAAUCAACUGGUCCUGCAGGUUCCUCUUAGGAAUUUUCAAGAGAUGGUUUUGCUUUCGUGAUGGUUGGUCACCCGCCUUAGUAGUUAGGGCAGACCAUCGAAGCCAUAGAUGUUGGCUUGUUUAUGAAGACAAGUCCCCAAGUCUUGAUAUUCUUGUAAGAGUUUUAUUUUAAGGAUUUUAACCUUUGGAGAUACCCACACCGAAUGCCUUUAACUGGCUCUAGGCGCUCCCCACCCACACCCUCUCCUCUCGCAUGGUCCGAGCUGUCCUUUUUGAUCAGCACCACAUUCCACAGCUGGCAGGGGCAUCCCAUCCCACAGUGCAGGGCUCACAGGCACGACGACUGUGCAGUUGGCCCCAGGGAGCAGCAAGGAAAGCAAGGGCACAAGCAUGAGACGAUGCUGUUCCCGAUGAACUAGGACUUCGGCAGCUGACACUGGGCAUUCCAUUUCUCCUCGCUUCCCUGUAGACUAUGAUAUUUAAGAAUUUUUCUGGCCAGAGCAAUGGUCACCUUUUCUUCUUAAAUUGUCACUUAGACAUUUAUUUAACUUAUAAUUUAGUAGUUCUGGGACAUUCCAGUGAGUGACGUGCCGUGCAGUCCGUGUUUAAUGGUGACAUUUCUUUUGAGUCAGCAUCAUAUUCUUUUAACUGCAGCAUUCCCCGGUAGAGUUCACAGGGUAUAGUCAGCCGCUCGUUAAGUCUGACCUGCCAAGCCCCUCUCCGGAGAGAGCAGACGAUGAUAUGGAAAACUUGAAAUUUGAAAUGACCUUUAAUGAACUGAGUUUGCUUGGCCUGUGGGGAUGGGACCAGCAGGCACCAUGAGUGUGCCAUCAGCUCCAUUCUGCUUUUCCUUCCGUAGAGCGUGAUGAAGGCUUCAUGAUGCAAGGUGCUGAUAGUGUAGGCUGAAAAUGUGACUCCUUGGUGUCCGGCCUGGUGAUCGGUGCUGCUGAACUAUGGAGAAUGGGCAUGUGCCAGCCUGGCUGGAAAUGUCCUUCCUCUAGUAGGAGACAACUGUCAGGGUUAAAAAACCUAGGUUUCCAUGAGAUGGGUGCCUUUCUCCAUCCUGCUGGAGGGACGCUCAGAAGAUGAUCUCUAUGUUCUUUCUUCCUUCCUGAGAGACAGGGAGAUCUUUUGCCUGCACCCACUCAGCAGCUGAGUUUGUUGGGUAAAACUGAGCGUGUG